GUCUCUUGCUUCAAUAUUCCUUAUCGGCAACUCGCAUUCUCCCAGAGGCACCAGUCUCUCUCUCUCUCUCUCUCGCUCUCUCUCGUGUUAAUCCACAAGGAAUUAACGGAAAAGAUAAUUCGCAGAAACAGAAACAGGUAUAUAUAUUUAUAUAUUCCAGUGGCUAUGGUUCGAGGGCAGUGAAGAGGAAACCUAGCAGGUGUUUGAGUGUUUGAGGGGGGAGCAAGAAUGGGGACGGGGCCGUCGAAGAAUCCGGACAGCAGCUCUCACGGCGGCGACGAGGGGGGAGGGCAGCUCUACAUGUCCCUAAAGAUGGAGAACUACAAGCGCAAGGGCGACCUCAUCCCUCACGUCUACGGCUCCGUUCCUCUCGUUGGCUCUUGGGAUUCAUCUAAAGCUCUGUCGAUGGAACGCGAAUCAGCCUCAAUGUGGGAGUUGAGUUUCGUAGUUCCUCCCAAUCAUGAAACUCUGGAUUUCAAGUUCCUUUUAAAGCCCAAGCACAGUAAUGCGCCGUGCAUUGUGGAGGAGGGUCCGAACCGACUCCUCACAAGGGGAACUUUGCAAGGGGAUGCAAGGCUGGCUCUGUUCAGGCUAAAUGCCGAUGAGGUUCUUGAGUACAGAGUGUGCAUUAAGGCCGAUAGGGUUUCACCCUUUGAUCUUGCAGCUAGUUGGAGAGCUUAUCAGGAGAACCUCCAGCCGUCGACCGUUCGUGGAAUCCCUGAUGUCAGUAUAAAUGCUGUGCCAGAAACGGGCUAUGAAAAUGGUUCUUCAGCAAGUUUGGAGCUUGAUCUUGAGCAUUAUGUUGUCCCAGCUCCUGUAACUUCUGCAAACUCGGGUAUGAUUUAUGCUGCUAAUAUGACAGAAACUCCAAGGUCAUUGACUCGUUCUGGAGUUUUCUCCAACGCUGAUGGCUCAGGCAGUGCCCCACAUUCCCAUAAGGAUGGUGUUGUUUCUAUUGAUCGAACUGCAGCAAUAAAGGAUAUGGAGAUUGCAUUGCCAGAUUUGUCCAGGGUUUACUCAGGAACUGGCAUGAUUGAAUCAAAGUCCGUGGGCACAUUUUCACCUUUGCAAAAGCAAGAUAGUCAUAAGGGACUCUUUGUUGAUAGGGGUGUGGGUUCCCCUAGGCUAGUUAAAUCUUCUAGUACCUCCACCUUUGCUAAUGAUCUCAAAUUGGGUUCUGAAACCAAGAAUGUUAUGCCAGCGGCUGCUGGAGCUGUUGCAGCUGCAGCUGUAGCUGACCAGAUGCUUGGACCAAAAGAGGAUAGACAUUUGGCAAUUGUCCUGGUUGGUUUGCCAGCUCGAGGCAAGACUUUUACCGCAGCUAAACUUACAAGAUAUCUUCGUUGGUUGGGUCAUAAUACCAAACAUUUUAAUGUUGGGAAGUAUCGGCGCCUCAAGCAUGGAACUAAUCAGACUGCUGAUUUUUUUCGAGAUGACAAUCCAGAAGGUGUGGAGGCACGCAAUGAGGUAGCAGCCCUGGCAAUGGAUGAUAUGAUAUCCUGGAUGCAAGAAGGUGGACAGGUUGGAAUAUUUGAUGCCACAAAUAGUACCAGGAAACGAAGGAAUAUGCUUAUGAAAAUGGCUGAAGGAAAAUGCAAGAUUAUAUUUUUGGAAACCCUAUGCAAUGAUGAGCGCAUUAUUGAAAGAAAUAUACGCCUUAAAAUUCAACAGAGCCCAGACUAUGCAGAAGAGCCAGAUUUUGAAGCUGGAUUAAAAGACUUUAAAAAUCGAUUAACCAAUUAUGAAAAAGUCUAUGAGCCGGUAGAAGAAGGAUCUUAUAUCAAAAUGAUUGACAUGGUCAGUGGACAUGGCGGACAAAUACAAGUGAAUAACAUCAGUGGCUAUCUUCCUGGACGAAUUGUGUUUUUCUUGGUGAACACACAUCUCACACCCCGCCCAAUAUUACUUACUAGGCAUGGGGAGAGUCGCGACAAUGUUAGGGGCAGAAUUGGUGGUGACACUGUUUUAAGUGAUGCUGGUGAUCUUUAUGCAAAGAAACUUUCUAACUUUGUGGAAAAGCGACUAAAACCUGAACGAGCUGCUUCUAUAUGGACUAGCACACUGCAGAGAUCGAUACUGACAGCCAGUCCGAUUGUUGUAUUUCCCAAGAUCCAAUGGCGUGCACUUGAUGAGAUUAAUGCAGGUGUGUGUGAUGGAAUGACUUAUGAAGAGAUAAAGAAGAAUAUGCCCGAGGAGUACGAAUCACGUAAGAAGGACAAGCUGAGGUAUCGAUAUCCUCGUGGAGAAUCUUACCUGGAUGUCAUCCAAAGGCUAGAGCCUGUAAUCAUUGAGCUUGAGCGGCAGAGAGCACCAGUUGUAGUGAUAUCACAUCAGGCGGUAUUGAGGGCAUUGUAUGCUUAUUUUGCUGACAGGCCUUUGAAUGAAAUUCCGCACAUUGAGGUACCACUGCAUACAAUAAUAGAGAUACAAAUGGGAGUCACCGGUGUUCAAGAAAAGCGAUACAAACUCAUGGAUUGAAUUUUGUUGCAAGGAUUCUUUUAUUCUAAUCUGGGGACUCAUAAUGCUGAGUCAAUCCUAUCAAUUUUUUUAUUUAUUUGUCAACAAGGUGUAAGAUUAGCCAAACGUCGCACUGUAUUUGCAAUAAUAAUUCAAUGAUUUAGUCAUGAGGGGCAAAUCUUAAUUCU